AUGCGGUUCUUCGAUGUGGUCGUCACUUUCACCGCAGAUCAAUUCCGCGGUAUUUAUCGCGGCAAUCAAUACCACGAGCCCGACUUCGGCGAAGUUCUGAAAAGAGCGAAAGACUAUGGCUGUGAAAAAGUCAUGCUGACCACCAUGUCGCUGGACGGAGCCAAACAGAACUUGGAUCUUGUCAGACAAUUUCCCGAGAUCUCUCUUCGUGAAUACGGAAAGUCUUUAAUCGCCGAGAGUCCUUCUCCCCUCGCAGUCUUUGGUGAGAUUGGCUUGGAUUAUGUCUAUCUCGACUGUGCCGAUAAAGAGAUGCAGCUGCGUGUGUUCAAGGAACAGUUGGACAUGGCGACGCAAUUCCAACUUCCGUUAUUCCUACACGUUCGCGAGUCGACCGACGACUUUAUCUCGAUUAUCAAGCCGUACUUGUCAAAGUUGCCCCGAGGUGGCUUGGUGCACUCUUUCGCGGGAUCGAAAGCGGAAAUGCUACGACUUGUCGAACUGGGCCUCGCUAUCAGUGUGAAUGGUGUUUCUUUCCGGACGGAGGAACAAAUCGAAAUGGUGAAGGGCAUCCCGUUGGAGAGACUUCAAUUGGAGACCGAUGCUCCGUGGUGCGAGGUUCUCGGAAAUGACCCGGGAAUUGAGCCCUUCCUUGCUACCGCAAGACCUCUGCCGCCUAGUUGUAAGCAUAAUAAGUGUGUACUGGGGCAGAUGGUAAAGACGAGAAAUGAGAGUUGUACCAUCGAGCGGGUUGGGUUGAUGGUAGCGGGGCUAAAGGGAGUAACGACGGAGGAAGUCGCAGAAGCAGCAUGGAAAAAUAGCUGUCGGAUGUUUUGGUAG